AUGGCAAAGUUUGACCUCUCUGCGGUAUGGCGCGAUAUCGUAGCCUACCGUCGAGCCUACGUCCUCACCCUAGUGGCGUCCUUUGGUGGCAUGCUCUUCGGAUGGGACACGGGCCUAAUCGGCGGCGUGCUGACCAUGGACGCAUUCCAAGAGUCUUUCGGGCUCGAUCCCCACAGCGGUGACUUCGCCAAUCUGCAAGGCAACAUUGUGUCGGUGCUGCAAGCAGGGUGUUUCUUCGGCGCUCUGGCGUCGUUCUACGUCAGCGACACGUUCGGCCGCAAGUGGGCUCUGAUCAUCGCGGAUCUGAUUUUCAUCCUCGGCUCGCUGAUUCAGACGCUCUGCGCGCUGGGCACGAAGAGUCUGGCGCAGCUGUACGUGGGACGCGUCAUUGGCGGGUUUGGAGUCGGCCUCAUCUCAGCUGUGGUACCCACGUAUAUCUCUGAAAACGCACCCAAGGAGAUCCGUGGACGCUGCGUAGGGACCAUGCAACUUUUUAAUGUGACUGGAAUUUGCCUUAGUUUCUUUGUGAACUAUGGAGUCGAACUAGACAUCACCAGUCGUUACAACUCGGCCAAAUGGAGGAUUCCAUUCGCGCUGCAAAUGUUACCCGGCGUGCUGCUCCUGGCAGGCAUCUUCUUCCAGAACGAGAGCCCGCGCUGGCUCGUGGAGAAGAACCGCAUCGCCGACGCAGCGCAGGCACUGGCGCAGGUGCGUGGCAAGUCGACCGAGGACGCAGACGUGGUGCAGGAGCUCGACGAUAUCAUUGCCGAUUUCAACGGCCACGAAAAGAUGUCCAUGGUUGCGCAGGCCAGGUUGGCUUGCUCGAGCAAGAAGAUGUUCUACCGCUCUUCGUUCGCCGUCAUUCUCAUGUUCUGCCAGCAGUGGACGGGUACCAACUCGAUCAACUACUACGCUCCGCAAAUCUUCCAGCAGAUUGGUUUGGUCGGCAACGCUUCGAGGCUGUUCGCCACUGGCGUAUAUGGUAUUGUGAAGAUUGUGGUGACGGCCAUUGGCCUGAUGGCUUUCACUGAGCAGCUUGGGCGCAAGUGGUCUCUCUUGAUUGGAUCUGCAGGCCAGGCGUUUGCCAUGUUCUACAUUGGCGUCAACCAGGCCGUGCACCCACCCAGCGGUGCGCUGGACGGUAACGCCAUCUUUGCCAUCAUCUGCGUCUACCUGUUUGUCGUCUUCUACUCGUUCGGCUGGGGCCCGAUUCCGUUUGUGCUCUCUUCCGAGUGCGCGCCCAACCACGUGCGCUCGCUCAUCAUGGCCGCCGCGCUGAUGACGCAAUGGCUGUUCAACUUUGUCAUCGCCAAGAUCACGCCCAUCAUGCUGGCGCCCAGCGGCAUCACGUACGGCACGUUCCUGCUGUUCGGAUCGUGCUGCAUCCUCAUGGGUAUCUACACCAUCUUCUGCGUGCCCGAGACAAAGGGCGUACCGCUCGAGUCGAUCCACAUUCUGUUCGAGGGCAACAUUGUAGCGGGCUGCGUCAAGGACACGUUCCCCGCGACGUCGCGGGCCAAGAAGCUCAAGAACACGCACUUUGCCGACGAGGUCGAAGAUGUGGAUGGCGGGGCGCCUGGGAAGAAUCGCAGGAGCGUGGAGCAUGUCGAGACUGCGUAG